AAUAAACAAGUUAAACCACAAUAAUCCAUCUUUUCUCCACUACUACUACUACUUCUUCUUCCUCCUCAAUCAGUGGCAUGCAAACGGAGUAGAGGAUGAAGUAGGGCUAGAGAUAGGGAGGAAGAAAGCAAAGAUGAAGCCAAUUGCUCAUCAUUUCUCCCACUCCUUCUUCUUCUUCUUCUUCUUCGCCUUCAACAUCUGUUGCUGGUGCGCUACAACUUCCAGCGCAGCAGGCACUAUAGACGACGAGAUCGCCGCUUUGCUCGCUAUCAAAUCCGGCCUUGUCGAUCCCCUCCACUCCCUCAGCGACUGGAUCCCUCCGGAGAACCUGGAAGAUGACUUCUUCCACUGCAAUUGGACCGGCGUCGAAUGCAACUCCCUGGGCUUUGUUUCCGCCCUCAACCUCUCGCGCCUCAACCUUAGCGGCGUCAUCGCCGACGACCUCCGCCGCCUCAGCAGCCUCACCACACUCAACCUCUGCUGCAACUCCUUCUCCUCCUCGCUUUCCGUCUCUCUAUCCGGCCUCUCCUCCCUCCGCGAGUUCGACGUCAGCGCCAACGCCUUCGUCGGCGAGUUCCCCAACGGCCUAGGAUCGUCGCCGGGGCUCACGAUCCUGAACGCGUCGAGCAACAACUUCGUCGGAUCACUACCAAAAGAUCUAUCCAACGCGACAGCUCUCGAGGUGUUAGAUUUUCGAGGAAGCUUCUUCGAGGGGUCGAUCCCGACGGCCUACAGGAGCCUACGAAAGCUGAAAUUUUUAGGCCUUUCCGGCAACAAUCUUACCGGAAAAAUCCCAGCGGAGCUCAGCGAACUCACCUCGCUGGAGAAGCUCAUAAUAGGGUACAAUGAGCUGGAGGGAAGCAUCCCCGCCGAGUUCGGGAACCUCUCGAAUCUUCAAUACCUCGACUUGGCAGUCGGGAAUCUCAACGACGGGAUUCCGCCGGAAUUGGGAAAGCUCAAGCAGCUGACUACUCUGUUUUUGUACAAGAACAAUUUGGACGGAGAGAUUCCCAAGGAAAUUGGGAAUAUCUCGGCACUCAUGUUGCUCGACCUCUCUGACAACUUGAUUUCCGGCGGGAUUCCGCCGGAGUUAUCGAUGUUGGAGAAUUUGGAGCUGCUAAACCUGAUGUGCAACAGGCUCACUGGCACGGUGCCUGCCGGCAUUGGGGUCUUGCCUAAAUUGUUAGUGCUCGAGCUGUGGAACAACUCGCUCACCGGCGCUCUCCCACCGAAUCUGGGACGCAGCUCGCAGCUGACGUGGCUCGACGUGUCGUCGAACUCACUUUCCGGUGAGAUCCCCGGAAGCCUAUGCGACGGCGGCAGCCUCGCCAAGCUUAUCCUCUUCAACAACGCCUUCUCCGGCGGGAUUCCAACGGGACUGACGACGUGCACCACGUUGGUCCGGGUGAGGAUGCAGAGCAACCGGCUCAACGGUUCGAUCCCCGUUGGGCUAGGGAAACUGCCGAUGCUGGAGAGGUUGGAGUUGGCCGGAAACGAGCUCGACGACGAGAUUCCCGGCGACAUCGCCCUCUCGACGUCGCUCUCCUUCAUCGACCUCUCCCACAACGGCUUCCGGUUGGGCCUCCCUUCCAACAUCUUCUCCAUCCCCACGCUGCAGAGCUUCAUGGCAUCUGAUAACCGGAUCUCCGGCGAGAUUCCGGACCAGUUCCAAGACUGCCCCACGAUGGCGGUUCUCGAUCUGUCGAAUAACCGCCUUGAAGGAGGUAUCCCGGCGAGCCUUGCCGCGUGCCAGAAGCUGGUCAGUCUCGACCUCCAUGGCAAUUUGCUCGCCGGCGAGAUCCCUGUCGCGAUAGCAAUGAUGCCGGCACUCGCCACCGUUGACUUCUCUAAUAACCUGCUAACAGGACCGAUACCGGAGAACUUUGGGAGCUCGCCGGCGCUUGAGACCUUGAAUUUGUCGCACAACAAUCUCUCUGGCCCUCUCCCCGCAAAUGGCAUACUGAGGACCAUAAACCCUGACGAGCUCGCUGGGAAUUCGGGACUUUGUGGCGGAGUGCUGCCUCCGUGCAGCUCGGGAGACGGGGAGGCUUGGUCGGGGAGUCGAAAGAGUGCUCGAUUGAAGCACAUCGUCGCCGGAUGGAUGACAGGCAUCGCGGUGGUGCUCGCCUUCUGCAUCAUUCUCUUGGGCGCUCAGUAUCUUUACAAGAAAUGGUAUGCCAGCAACGGCAGCUGCUGCGAGGAACGCUUUGACGAAGAGACUGGCGGCGCAUGGCCGUGGCGGCUGACGGCGUUUCAGCGGCUCUACUUCACGAGCGGAGAAAUCAUCGCCUGUGUCAAGGAGGCGAACGUCAUCGGAAUGGGUGCCACUGGGAUCGUCUACAAGGCCGAGCUCCCCCGGCCUCCGCACACGGUGGUGGCCGUCAAGAAGCUCUGGCGGGCUGGCGGCUCUCCCGACAACGCCGCAGUAGGUGGCGGUAGCUCGAGCCUCGCCGCCGAAAUGGCCGGAGAAGUCAACGUACUAGGCAAGCUCCGGCACCGCAACAUCGUACGAUUGCUCGGUUACAUGCACAACGACGUCGACACAAUGAUCCUAUACGAGUACAUGCCCAACGGCAGCCUGUGGGAGGCGUUGCACGGGCCGCAGCAGGGCGGCGGCGGCGUACUCGCUGACUGGGUGGUGCGGUACAACGUGGCUGCCGGUGUCGCACAGGCACUCGCCUACCUCCACCACGACUUCAACCCUCCCAUAAUUCACAGAGACAUUAAGUCGAACAACAUCUUGCUCGACGCCAACCUCGACGCCCGAAUCGCCGACUUCGGCCUCGCGAGGAUGAUGUCGAGGACCAAUGAAUCCGUGACGAUGGUCGCCGGGUCGUACGGCUACAUCGCUCCAGAGUAUGGCUACACGCUGAAGGUGGAUCAGAAGAGCGACAUCUACAGCUUCGGGGUGGUGCUGAUGGAGCUGGCGACCGGGAAAAAGCCCAUCGAGGCGGAGUUCGGCGAAGGGCAGGAGAUCGUGGGGUGGGUUCGGGACAAGCUGAGAAGCAACCAGGUGGAAGAGGUGCUGGACGGGAGCGUGGGCGGGCGGUGCAAGCAUGUGCAGGAGGAGAUGGUGUUGGUGCUGCGGAUCGCGGUGCUGUGCACGGCGAAGCUGCCCAAGGACCGGCCGUCGAUCAGGGACGUGCUCACGAUGCUCGGCGAGGCGAAGCCGCGGAGGAAGAGCAGCAGUGCCGGGGCAGCGGAAAGCAACGUGAUGGACAAGGACAAGCCUGUGUUCACUACCUCACCGGAUUCCGGCUACUUGUGAACAGGGGCGUUGCAUGGCUCCUCAUUCCUUGAAUUCAUUUUUUGUUUGUUUGUAUGUAGCUUAAUUUCAAAUGCAUGAGAUCAAUCGUGUUAUUGUAAACCUUCAUUCUUCCCUACAAAAUUUCUUCUAACUUCUUUGUUUGUAA